AUGAUUCACAACCCAAAUGAGUUAGCUCACACGUUGGCCACAACUCAGCCGAUGCCGGACACGGAAAAUAGAACAGUGGAAAUUCCAGAAUCUGUUCCACGGAGUCCCUACUCAGUCGCCAAGACGGAACUAUUCUUUCUUGGAUUGACCAUCUUCUAUUACACAUUCCUCGUAUUUCUUGGUGUUUGCGGAUGGAUUCGAGCUCGCAUUUGUCUACACCUUAAGCAUCGCAAACAACGCUUUCAAAGACCGCCCCAUUUUGAAAUUGGUCCAAACCAAUUACACAUUCGUUUUGUGGAAGAUGAUGAUUCCAUGUGA